GAGAUGGGCACUCACCUGACUUCCUCUCUCUUCCCCAGGGUGGCCCGGAAGGUGUGCAGGGACACCUAGCUCUCACUCACUCUCUCUCUCAUGGACUUCAGGCUCGGCAGUCUUCCAUGGCUCCUUAUCACAUCCGCAAAUACCGGGAGAACGACCGCACACAGGUCCUGGGCUUGUUCUCCCAGGGAAUGAAUGAGCACAUCCUCACCACCUUCCACCACAUCCUGAAGCUGCCCCGAACCCUGGUGCUCUUGCUUGGGCUGCCCCUUGCCAUCUUCCUGCUCUCUGGCUCCUGGCUCAUGGCCCUUGUAGCCAGCCUCACCCUCCUUGCUGCCCUGAGAUUCCUCUCCAGCUGCCCCUGGAACCAGUUUAUAGACAUGUCUUUGCGCACAGACAUGUCUGACAUCACCAAGUUCUACCUGGGUGAGCCUGGCUCCUGCUUCUGGGUGGUUGAGGCUAAGGGGCAGGUGGUGGGCAUGGUGGGUGCUCUGUCCACCACCCUGCGGAAAGAGAAGUUGGAGCUGCUUCAUCUGUGUGUGGCCUCAGAGCACCGAAACCAGGGGAUAGCAAAAGCCCUGGUCAGGACUGUCCUUCAGUUCGCACGGGACCAGGGGUACAGCCAAGUCAUCCUCACCACCAGCAUGCUGCAGCGCUCGGCCCUGGCCCUCUACCAGCACAUGGGCUUCCAGAAAAGGCACCAAUUCUUCCCUUCCAUGAUCUGGAGGCUAAUCGCUGUUCCUGUAAUUAGCUUUGUCUACUGGCUCCCCUCUGAUCGGGCUUCUGAGACACAGUGUCCAGGCCCAUGACCUGGUUCCUUGUGGCUUAGUCACAAGACGGCUGGCUCUGCUGAAGUAGCAACCAAACCGCUGUGACAGCACAGCGAAAGCUUUCUGCUCAGUCCCGUGGGAACCCAGCGGGGUUGGCGGUGGGCGGUUCUGGUCAGUCUGUUGGGUUGCCACUUUUUCAUUUACUUGGUGCCACAAGAAAUGCAUUAAAACAAAUUGAUGAAAUAAACAAAUGCCAAUGAACA